AUGCAUCGUACAUACUCUAUGCGCCAGUCGCGUCUGCCGACUGCCUCCCAAAUCGAAACUCCUCCACCACCGCUCUCCUCAACCAAGACGAACAGAUGGAUGGGCAAAGGUGGCUUUGGCCACGCCUUCCGCAAAAAUGCCGCUGGCGCUUUCGGGCCUGACCUAGCGCGCAAGCUCUCCCAGCUCGUCAAGAUGGAGAAGAAUGUCAUGCGCAGCAUGGAGUUGGUCUCCAAGGAGCGUAUGGAGACAGCACAACAACUCUCCAUCUGGGGUGAGAACUGCGAUGAAGAUGUUUCGGAUGUCACGGAUAAGCUCGGCGUCUUGCUCUAUGAAGUUGGAGAACUCGAAGAUAUGUAUGUCGACCGCUACGACCAAUACCGAGUUACCAUCAAGAGCAUCCGCAACAUUGAGGCAUCCGUACAGCCCAGCCGUGACCGCAAGCAAAAGAUUACCGACGAAAUCGCGAAACUGAAGUACAAGGAUCCAAACUCCCCUCGCAUUGUCGUCCUGGAACAGGAACUUGUCCGCGCUGAAGCCGAGUCCCUCGUCGCCGAGGCUCAACUCUCCAACAUUACUCGUGAGAAGCUCAAGGCAGCGUUCCAGUACCAGUUCGAUGCUCUGCGUGAGCACUGCGAGAAGGUUGCCAUGAUUGCCGGCUACGGGAAACACCUUCUCGAUCUCAUCGAUGACACCCCCGUCACCCCCGGUGAGACCCGCCAGGCGUACGACGGAUAUGAUGCCAGCAAGGCCAUCAUUCAGGACUGCGAAGAUGCCCUUGCCAACUGGGUCACCUCCAAGGCUACAGUCAAGUCCAGCCUGUCUCAACGUUCGCGUACGCUUUCUCAACGUCACCGGGAGAAUGUCGCCAAGGGCCGUGAGAACGGUGUUGACCUAACAACUCAGGACCAGCCUUUGAGGGGUGACCGGGACUCAUGGGUUGCCGCUGAGCAGCACCACAGCUACCACAACGGUGUAGAGGACGGCGAGGAUGUCGGUAGCGAUAUCGGAGACAUUCGUGGCCGCGAAGAAGAGCCAGUUGCCGUCUAA